UUGAACGUCAACCUCCAACACACCCACAAUGCAACGACCAGCGUACUCCAACCCCGCACCUGCGCACUCACCCCCACUACACCACCCUGUCCCGCAACACGUCUCCACGGUCCCCCAACUCCGCUCACCACCGCCGCCCUCGACCUCGUCGCAAGGAUAUGGCUACCCCCAACAAGGCCAGCAGCAGCCCGGUGGCCAACAACAGCCCGGCUACAUGCACCAAAACUUUGGUGCGGGCUUCAUCAAUGACCCGACGGCGCAAAUGGGCUUCCAGGUUGGGAAAUCAGCCGUCAUGGCGGGCCAGGAGUAUAUGGAACAGAACUUCAACCGCUACGUCAACGUGUCCGCGUUGAAACACUACUUCAACGUUAGCAACAGCUACGUAGCGAGCAAAUUGUACAUUGUGCUGUUCCCGUGGUGGCACCGGCCGUGGAGCAGGCAGCAGAGACUGGCGAAUAAUGGGCAGGAUGGGUUUUAUCUGGCCCCAAGGGAGGAUAUUAAUUCCCCGGAUAUGUAUAUCCCGAUAAUGGCCUUCGUAACCUACAUCGUUCUCUCAACUCUCCUCGCCGGUGUUCGCGGCGCCUUCCAUCCCGAACUCCUCGGCAUAACCGCGACCACCGCCUUCGCUGUCGUCAUCUUCGAGAUCCUCGGUCUAAAAUUAGGCACCUACCUCCUCUCCAUCUCAUCCGAGUCCCAGCUCCUCGACCUCGUCGCCUACUCUGGCUAUAAAUUUGUCGGAAUCAUCGUCACGCUGCUGCUCUCUGAGAUCCUCAACCGCACCGCGUUUGGCACUGGCGGAGGAGGAACUGGAGGAUGGGUCGGGUGGACGGUGUUCUUGUACGUCUUUUUGGCGAAUGCGUUCUUUUUGCUGCGGAGUUUGCGGUACGUCCUUCUGCCGGAUACGGCGCAAGGAGGAGGUGCGGGGAGCGCGGCAAGCUAUACAGUUGCGCGGAGUCAAAGGAACAGGAGGACGCAGUUUUUGUUUGUGUAUAGCUAUGUGGUGCAGUUGGUGUUCAUGUGGUUAUUGAGUCGUCAGAGCGCGGAUCCAAAGGUGGCGAAGGCUUGACGGGGGAAUAAGGGAUGAGAAACGACGACAACGAACAAGCGGGAGCACUGCUCCUGGAGAUGGGGCUAUUGGACCUUGAGACGAAAGUGAAGGAUUGGAUGAUCUUUAGUGUCAGCGGUUUAGGACUACUCAAAGGCUGUUAGGCACUAAAUGAGUGCAUGUCUUUUGGGGAGAAGCAGCCUGGGAUGAGCCAGCAAGUUCACACUGUAUAAAAAUUAUGAAACAGAUUCUAGACAUUUGAAAUAGCU